CCUCCUCCCGCCCGGUCUGCGCUGCCUGCGCCGCCUGCGCCCAACAACUUAGUCCCUCAUUAAGCCCCCCAAAUACAGCCAGUGUUACAAAUAGUCCCUUUUCCACAUGAGGCAUGGCGGGUAUAUUCGGAAAGAUUUUAAUCGGCAUUUACGUGGAAAUCAAGCGAAGCGACGGGCGAAUACACCAAGCUAUGGUCACGUCGCUUAAUGAGGACAAUGAAAGUGUGACUGUGGAGUGGAUAGAAAAUGGAGACACAAAAGGCAAAGAGAUUGACUUGGAGAGCAUUUUUGCACUAAAUCCAGAUCUUGCACCAGAGGAGGAGAUUGCACAAAGUCCAGAAACUCCUCCUCCUGCCUUGUCAAGUUCUGUAAAAGUUAACAAGAUCCCCACCAAUAAGAAUCGUCGGACAAUAGCGCCACCUAAGAAUGAAACACCAGCACGGGAUAACAGAGUUGUAGGUACUACAAGAGCAAGGCCCAGCCAGCAGACAGAACAGGCUCCAGCACCUCCAGCACCUCCUCCCAUCCAGCACCAGACCCUGCAACAGCAGCAGAAUGCUCGCAGGAAGUCGAACUGUGUGAAGGAGGUGGAGAAACUCCAGGAGAAGCGUGAGAGGAGGCGCAUGCAGCAACAGGAGCUGAGGGAGAAGAGAGCGCAGGAGGUCGAUGCCACAACCCCUAAUUAUGAAAUUAUGUGCAUGAUCCGGGACUUCAGAGCAAGUCUUGACUACAGGCCACUGACAACUGCUGAUCUGAUUGAGGAGCACAGAAUAUGUGUAUGUGUGAGGGCACGGCCACUGAACAAGAAAGAAAUGUCCGUGAAGGACUUGGAUGUCAUUACCAUCCCUAGUAAAGACGUGGUCAUGGUCCAUGAACCCAAACAAAAAGUGGACUUAACAAGAUACCUAGAGAACCAGACAUUUCGCUUUGAUUAUGCUUUUGAUGAUACCACCACAAACGAAAUGGUUUACAGGUUUACAGCUCGGCCGCUUGUAGAGACCAUAUUUGAGAGGGGAAUGGCUACAUGCUUUGCUUAUGGGCAAACGGGAAGCGGCAAAACUCACACAAUGGGCGGGGAUUUUUCAGGCAAAAACCAAGACUGCUCCAAAGGGAUCUAUGCAUUGGCAGCACGAGAUGUUUUUCUAAUGCUGAAGAAACCAAACUAUAAGAAGUUAGACCUCCAAGUGUAUGCUACCUUCUUUGAAAUUUACAGUGGGAAGGUUUUUGACCUUCUCAACAGAAAGGCGAAGCUGCGAGUUCUGGAGGAUGGUAAGCAGCAGGUGCAAGUUGUAGGACUACAGGAGCGUGAGGUCAAAUGUACUGAGGAUGUCCUCAAGCUCAUAGAAGUUGGCAACAGCUGCAGAACAUCUGGUCAGACCUCAGCCAACGCUCACUCCUCACGUAGCCACGCAGUGUUCCAGAUCAUUCUACGAAGGAGGGGCAAGAUGCAUGGCAAGUUCUCCCUGAUUGACCUUGCGGGCAACGAGAGAGGGGCAGACACGUCCAGCGCUGACCGCCAAACUCGCCUAGAGGGGGCCGAGAUCAAUAAGAGUUUACUGGCUCUGAAGGAGUGCAUCAGAGCAUUGGGUCGCAAUAAGCCUCACACUCCCUUCAGAGCUAGUAAGCUUACUCAAGUUCUGCGAGACUCGUUCAUUGGAGAGAACUCCAGAACAUGCAUGAUUGCUACUAUCUCUCCUGGCAUGGCUUCCUGUGAGAACACAUUGAAUACGUUGAGAUACGCCAACAGGGUGAAGGAGUUUGGGAUAAGCCCCUCAGACAUCCCCUUCUCUCAGGGGGGCGGUGGCCGCUCCGAACUUUCUCCCACCUACGAGUACGAUGACUUUGCUUCCUCACCCAGCAGGGUGAAGGAACUGACCGUUGACCCCAGUGCGGUGAUGGAGGGCCGAACAGGAGGCCACCAGAUGACUCAGCUAGAUGUAUUGGAGGCGCAAUGGGGAGUGGGAAGCUCUCCUCAGAGAGAUGAUCUCAAACUGCUCUGUGAACAAAACGAGGAGGAGGUUUCCCCUCAGCUCUUCACUUUCCAUGAAGCUGUAUCUCAGCUGGUGGAGAUGGAGGAGCAGGUUCUGGAAGACCACAGAGCUGUGUUUCAGGAGUCUAUACGCUGGCUUGAAGAUGAGAAAGUUCUUAUAGAGAUGACAGAGGAGGUGGACUACGAUGUGGAUUCGUACGCAACACAGCUUGAGCAAAUUUUGGAUCAAAAGAUUGAUGUUUUAACGGAGCUCAGAGAUAAAGUGAAGGCAUUCAGAUCUGCUCUUCAGGAGGAGGAACAAGCUAGCAAGCAGAUCAAUCCCAAGCGGCCGCGAGCCCUCUAAAGCCCCCCCAAUCCUCCUUGAUGCCCUCUAACCUCUCAAUACUGUUCCCUCAGUACUGCUUCAACAUCCAGCCGCUAAAAGAGAAAUCUACAGUUUUUUAUUAGCUUUUCACCCUCAACUCCAUCUCCAUGAGUAACUUAACAAUCGGUGUUGUGUCGAUUCCUUUUCGUUUCCAGGAGGGUUAAUAAGCACAUUUUGAAGCCUAAUUGUAUAGUAUUAGAAUUAAUUUCAGUUCACACUAAAAUUACUUUUAUAAUACUCUACAAUUUAAAGGGCCAUAAGGGUAUUAGUAAAGGGACAUUUUGAAUUAAUGCAUGCACAUACCAGCUAUGAUUGUACUUAUGCAUUCUCCUAGACCUGACCCAUUGAGCCUGUAAAUAUAACGUAUCAUUAGAUACGGCUGCUCUUAAAAUAUAUACUGACUCCUCGAUUUACGUGACAGCAGCAUUUCUUAUAAAGGGAUACAGCUCUUGGUGGAGUACGGCCUUCAUAAACACUGAAAAUACAGCAUAAACUGCAUGUUUGCAUUAAGCAACAUUCAAUACUAAAUGCUUUACAUUUACAAAAUCUCUGGUCUUAAAUUUACAAGUGAAAUUGGCACCAAAUUCAGAGUUAUAAAAAAAAACCCUCAGAAUUAGUCAUUUUUUGUGUAUUACGGCAAAUCGUGUGAGGAAGUAAAUUUUGCUUCUUACUCUGUUACAGUGGCCUCAGUAGCACUAGCAGGUUCUCAGCAACAUGAGAGGAGUGACAGAAAGGGCAGACAUUAGCUUGAAGCUUUAAUAUCCAGGUUGAGGGGUAAUCACUUAAGGUAGUGAUUCUUAAUCACAGUCUUGGGAGUGUUUUCCUAAAGCAGGAGUUUCAGUGAGCUGGAUAACAAAGUGAAAUUCCACUGAUUUUUGCAUAUUUCAGUCACUGGGAUGUAAACUCAUUCUGAGUGGUUUAAUCUGAAAUGGUUCAUUGGAGACAAAUUUACAGACAGAUUUCUUCACAGUGGUGGUGAUAGGAACCAAUGGGUCAUAAUGUCUACAACACAAAUAUAAGCCACAAGCCUACAUGUGUCUUCAGAGUUUUAGGUUUAAUGUUGAGGGUAAAAUUGUGGUAAAUCUGAAGAAUGGGUACUUUGGGUACUUUUUGGUUUCAGCAUACCUUUAAAAUCUUCUCUUAAAACUAUCAUGACAGUUUUUCAGGCAUCAGGCAACAUAUUCGCAACUGUUUUAUGUAAUAACUUUGUGAGGGAGCAUUUAGAGGUAUUAAACUUUUAAGACGACUGGGUCCCAUCACCACCACUCUGAACAAUUCUGACUCGGUCGAGUUUUCUAGAAUGGAGCAUUUUACGUCAAACACCUCUGAAUGACUUCAUUCAUAUUGUAAUGAUUUAUUUCUCGGUGGAAUUCAUUUUAAGGCUGGAAAGGAGGAUUGAACCAGUUAGAACGUACCUGGCUACUUCUUCCAUUGGUCAGACUUUGCUUCAGCCUUAAAUUGUCUGGCUAACUGAGAAAUGAUGCUUAGUGGAAUCAUCUUUAGCUGAUCCAAAGUUCCUAACAUGGCUGAAGACUCCAGAAUGAUCAGGACUGGAUUUUUAAACUGCUAAAUUAAAGACUGUGACUGAGAUAAGUAGCACAACCCAUUCAGUAAAAGGGACUUUAGAAAAGGGAAGUGUUGUCUUGGUUGAGAUUAAAGUAAAUUUAUAGGUGAAAAAGGAUAAAGCGUACUUGUAGAUACAGUCGUAUCUUCGAUGCGUAAAUCGAGGAAUCUGUGAAGUUGUGGAUGUUCUGAAUUCAGCUCCGUUACUGUAACUGCCAAUGUACUUUUUUUCUUGUAUGCACCCAUACACAACAUGUUCAGUGUUUGUUUGCUAAUGUAUUGUUUACAAAAGCAAAAUCAGUACAUUCUACUGAUGUUUACUUCUUAUUGAUCUUGUAAAAAAGGGGAAAAGAGAAUCAUCUCGUUUUAAAGCUGUUUUUAAAAAGAUGAAAGAUAAAGUCCUGGUAGCACUAAAGUGGGAGUAACCGCUGCAGUGUAAAAGUUUAUGGUACUCUGUGUGCGUGUGUGUGCACAUCUGACAUAUUGCUGGAAUAAAGAAACACCUGAUGACUGGA